UGUGUCAGACUGUUAGAGAGAUAGAGAGAGAGAAGGCAGACAGACACGGAGUAGGAGCCCUUAACUACUGGUACUCGAACUGCUCUACGCUGGAUAACAUACUGGCUAAUCUAUUACUCAAUCCCUGAAGGACUUCUAUCUCUGAUUCACCUUAAAGGAACCUUUGUUUAAAUCUAAAGAUCAUUUUGGUACAGAGAAGUGCCAGAAAGAGUAUCUCAGCUGAGCCCUUGGGGUGGUUUGACUGUAUGGAGGCUGAUUGGCUGUCCGUCCUGGGAGGCUCGUUGUGAGGUGAAAGGUCAUCAUUCCGAGGCCAGAGUUGUCUGCAGUCCCGGAGAAGCUUCACUUUCACAACAGAGCACAGGUCUCCCAUUUAGGGAGCCCAGACCUACAGGAAGAGCGGGAGAGAAAAUAAACACGGGAGAAAAAGAAGCUGUUCAUGAAUUCCCCCAAAUCCUGAAAAACAAACAGUGUGAGUUGGCUGGCAGUCGUGAGGAGAGGAGCCAUGUGGACAAUAAGCAUGGUCCAGCUCUGUUUCCCGGCCUUCACUCUCCUACUGGCCUACGCCUUUGUCCAAGCAGCUGCCACCGAGGACGAUGUCACUCCACGACUCAGCUUCACUUACAAUGCAAAGGAGAGAUCAGCCAAGAGAUUCUCUGUGGAUGGAGUCUUCAAUUACACGUCUCUCCUCCUCAGUAAGGAAGAUAACAUGCUCUAUGUUGGAGCACGAGAGGAGCUCUUCGCCCUCAACCUCUCUGAUAUCAGCAGAGUCAAACUACAACGCAAUCUUACAUGGAGUACCCCGAAAAUGAAGAGAGACGAGUGCAGUUUCAAAGGCAAAGACCUACAGACGGAUUGCUUCAAUUACAUCAAGAUUUUACUGCGUGUGAACAGUACCCAUCUAUACGUGUGUGGAACGUACGCCUUCAGCCCAAUCUGUGCAUACAUAAACACAGCUGACUUCACCCUGGUGAGAAGCCAGACUGGAGAGAUAGUGACAGAGGACGGACGCAGCCGCUGCCCUUUCAACCCUGAGUACAAGUCCACUGCCAUCAUGGCCGAUGGAGAACUGUAUGCUGGUACGGUCAGUAAUUUCCAAGGAAAUGAACCUAUCAUUUACAAGAGCCUGGGCCAAGGCGCUGCCCUGAAAACAGAAAACUCCUUGAACUGGCUCCAAGACCCAGCCUUUGUGGGCUCUGCCUACAUCCAGGAGAGCCUGCCCAAAGGCAACCCAGUAGGCGACGACGAUAAGAUUUACUUCUUCUUCAGCGAAGCAGGAAAAGAGUUCGAUUUUUUUGACAAAACCAUUGUGUCACGCAUCGCUCGCGUGUGUAAGGGUGACAAAGGAGGAGAGAGGGUGCUGCAGAAGAAAUGGACCACCUUCCUAAAAGCACAGCUCCUCUGUUCGCUGCCUGACGAUGGCUUCCCCUUCAACAUCAUCCAGGACAUGUUUGUGUUGACGCCCCGCCCAGAAGACUGGAAGAACACCGUGUUCUAUGGGGUCUUCACUUCACAGUGGUAUAAAGGGGCCUCUGGCAGCUCAGCAGUGUGUGCCUUCACCAUGGAACAGGUGGAGAAGGCCUUCAACGGCCGUUACCGGGAGGUCAACCGGGAGACCCAGCAGUGGUACACCUACAACCACCCUGUCCCUGAGCCACGGCCUGGAACGUGCAUCACUAAUGCAGCCCGGGACCAGGGCAUCCCCUCCUCCAUGCACAUGCCUGACAAGGUAUUGAACUUCGUCAAGGACCACUUCCUGAUGGACAGUGUGAUCCGCAGCCAGCCCCUCCUGCUGAAACGCAGCGUCCGCUACACCCAGAUAGCUGUCCACCGGGUCCAGGCUAUCCACAAACACUACAAUGUGCUCUUCAUUGGAACAGAUGACGGAAGACUCCACAAAGCCAUUAAUGUCAACAACAAGAUGCACAUCAUUGAGGAGAUGGUGCUCUUCACUGACCCCCAGCCUGUAGAACACAUAGAACUGGAGUCUGAGAAGGGCCUGCUGUUUGUGUCCUCCUACUCUGGCCUAGUAGAGGUCCCUGUGGCCAACUGCUCCAACUACCAGAGCUGUGGAGAGUGUGUCCUGUCCAGAGACCCUUACUGUGCCUGGACAGGGAGGCAGUGCCUGGAUGUCAGGCUGGCUCCACCAGAUAGCCACUGGCAGCAGGAUGUGGACGAGGCAGACACAUCAGUUAUCUGCAACAAGACACAGCCCAGCCCUCGCUUUGUUAAACCCCCACCCACACGGAUGUCUUCAUGCCAGGUGAUAAUGAUCCCAGCCAACACAUUCAAAGUGCUGCCCUGUAAGCUGCGCUCCAACCUGGCUGAGAGGAAGUGGGAGUACAGUGAGGGUGCAGGUCACUUCCUGUACCCCAGUCCUGAGGGAGGUCUAGUGGUGGUGGCCCAGGCUGACAGACAGGAGACCUAUGAGUGCUGGUCAGUGGAGGAGGGCUUCAGGCAACUCCUGGCCAACUACUGUGUGAGAGGUGAGGCCAGACAAGAGAGCACCACCCUGAUCGGCCACUCACGCACCCCUCUGGUCCCCCAGGAGGAGCCAAUCAUCCUACCUGGAGAGACCCGCUCCCCGCAGAUCAACACCAAGACCUACUGGAACGAGCUGAUCGUAGUGUGUGCCCUGCUGGGCUUCUCCCUGGUGGUCUUCUCCCUGUUUGUGGUCUAUAGGAACCGUGACCGCAUGAAGUCCAUGCUGAAGGAGGGUGAGUGUCCUAACAUGCAGCAGAAGAAACCCAGGAUAGUGGGGAAGCCAGCAGAAAACUUGCCUCUGAAUGGCAACAACACAGUUCCAGCAUCUGUGUCAGACCACAAGGGUUACCAGACCCUCAAUGACAACUACAUCUGCAACACGCCGUCACAUGAAUGCUCAUCACCAGACAACAGCAAGAGCUUCUCAGAGUCAGAGAAGAGGCCUCUGAACUUGAAGGAGAGCACUGUAGAGAUCUCGCACACCUGCCCGCGGCCUCGGGUGAGACUGGGCUCAGAGAUCAAAGACUCCAUUGUGUGAGGACGGCUUUGAUCAACUUGAGCAGGAGAUAAAACUGUAAUGCAGAGUGACUAACUUUGAACUGUAAGGAAAGAGGGGACUAUAAGUGAAAGAAAAGAAAAACACUAAAGGAGGGAACACUGAAAACCGCCAACCUCUUCGCAAAGAGGGACAUUUCAUUACACUGAUUUUGCACAUUUGUCUUUUUCAUUUUGUCCCUAUAGUCAGUUCUCAUUUCCUUGUUCAGUGACUCUUCUUUCUCUAGUGCAUCUGAAGCACAAUGAAGAGAAGCAGAUACAGAUUGCCUUCAGACUAUUGAAGCCGUGGAAUUAUGCUCAUGGUGGGUAUAGGACACAUACAGCUGAUAUUGUCCUUCUGUAACAAUUUGUAUAUGGUUUAGUCAUGUUUGUAUGCUUUGCCACUCAAUCCGUCCAAAUACUCUGUUGGCAUUGUAUUGAAAGUAGAGAGAUACUCUAUGGGUCAAGAACUGACCCUUAACUCUCCCACCUACAUCCAUAAGCAUGGGCUUAGCCCUGCACUGAGACAGACUCAGUGCAUGGAUAGCAGUGGAAUAUACAACCUCGUAUUCAAACAUUAGAUCAUUAGGGCUAUGACUUAGUUAUAACAGCAAUUUUUUUACACCUUUAUUUAACUAGGCAAGUCAGUUAAGAACAAAUUCUUAUUUACAAAGACGGUCUACCGGGGAACAGUGGGUUAACUGCCUUGUUCAGGGGUAGAACAACAGAGGUUUACCUUGUCAGCUCGGGGAUUCAAUCCAGCAACCUUUCGGUUACUGGCCCAACGCGCUAACCACUAGGCUACCUGCCGCCCCUAUUAAUUUAAGGCAGUUUAAACUGUACAUAAACCUCAAUGCAGCAUAACCAGACAGGCAUUAGAAUGGUAUCCACUGGUCAAGAGAAGGGCUAGCAGUACCAGAGAGACAUGGAGAGGAACCAAUGAGGAAGGAAUGAAAGAGGUAGUGACCACCUGGAAUGAGGUGAGGUUAAAACAGCACACAACAGAAUAACAUAACACUGGAGAGGUAUUUUUGAGGUCCACUGCUCUGCUCCACCAGAGUGGCACAGAUGGGGUUUGUAAGUCCCAAAGUAUUGGAGGAUAUGGUGCCUAAGUUGUGUAAGAUUGACAUUCACAGGUUUGAAAUGUACUCUUGACAUUCGGGAAGACCCUAGACCAGGUAUUAACAUAUUGUUCAUUGUGGAGCAGACAGACUAUGCAAAGCACAUCAUGUGAAGUGGGGUGAAAGGUCACACCGAAAUCUGAUCUUGAGACUGCAAGCACAUUCUUAAUUACAGAGAAUGAGAGGCAUACUCACAUGCAAUUUAGUAUGCAAAUGAUUUUGAGCCAUUUCUGUGUCAUAGAGGCAUGGGAUGAGAUAAAGACUAUCACUAGGCCUGGAGUUGAUGUAGCUAGGCUGAAGUCCCAGUAUAAAAUGGUUAAUGACUAGUUCAGAGUGCCAGUCAGGAAAUGAUUCCUUCAAUCCAAAUUCAGUCACCAAGUUAAAGUGGGCUGAGACUAUAAAAACCUGUUCACCACAUUGUUUAGAUAGCUCUGUUCUGGUCCUGUUAUUCAGAAACCAGUAGACAGCAGAGUUUAGAAGAGCCAAAGGAAGAGUGGCAACAACAGAGAAUCAGCCAGUGGGCUAUGGAGCUCUUAGUGUCGUUGAUGUGACACACCCAGAGGCAACCAAGCUCCUGCGUGUUAAUUUAUGUAAACAAAGUGAUUGUUGUGCCAAAAAUAACUAGUUUUUAAAUCAUGCAUCUUCUGUUUUCAUCCACAACUGUCAUGUCAAAUCAAUGUCUUAUGUUUAAUGGGCCUGAAUGAUUCAGCAUGUACUGUACCGAACAGUAUGUUCUUAGGCCAUUCAUAACGUAGUGCAUAUGAAAGCUGUCAUAGUUACAACCAUCACCUCUGGUUUAAUGACACUAAUGACUGUAAAAUGGGUUUUACUAACAUGGAGCGAAAGGUCACACAGCAGUUAUGGACCAGUCAAUGGAGGAAUGUGUGUGUUUAAAAAAGAACGACUAUAGAAACCGAUAUUGUUAAAGUAAUAAAACCUGGAGAAUAUUUGAUCAUCCAAAAGCAAGGGCUUUAUUCAGCCAUUACAAUACCCAAUAACAGGUAUAUGUUUUCAGCUGUUCAUGAUGGGAAAUAAAUAAUAAUUAUACAUUUAAAAUGAAAGAAUAUCAAUUUCGUAUUCCAUAGAUGUUGCUAUGUCAGUGCAAAAUUGUGGUAAAUAUGAACUCUUGCAACAUUGUGUUGUGGAAUGUGGUGAUACAAGUAUUCCAAAACAAUUUCUAAGUAAAACUGUUUAUUUAAGCUUAUUCUAGAUAUUGAAUUUUGUACAAGGGACAAUUUUUAAAAAAUGACAAAGUAGCUGUGCAAAAAGCAUACUGCUAAAGGACUGCCAUGUUGGCUGAUUGUAUAUAAUGUACAUUUGUAUUGUAUUGGAGAAGACUGGUGAAAGUUGUAUCAUUGUGGUGAAAGUGCAGAACCAGCAAACACCUUGAGAAUGCGUUGUUUUUGCACAGAAUGUUGGAAAGACUUAGUUUGGGAUACAAAUUAGGAUUUUGUUGAAUUAUGUAUUAGGUUUUCAAUUUAUUUUUUCAUGCCUUUUAAGCAAAGUUAAAGAAUUGAGUUGUACAUCUUGGGAUACUAAAUGUGUUCUCCUGUCUUUGUGACAUUAAUUAAUCAAAUGGAUAACCUGGUAGCAGCAGCAGCAUCACCUGCAUGAUAUGUACAACAGAAUAGACUGUAGGACUCUACUGGGCAUGCCCAACAAUACAAUUACAACACUUUGAGUGAAUUCCUUUUAGAUUAUGGCCAGUAUCAGUACAACAACUCUGUUAGAAUGGCUUCAACUUCAGUCACAAUGUAUUUCUGUGUUGACACUAUUGCAAACACCUGUAUAUGGAAUUAUAGUCUCAACCUGUACAGAAAUCCCAUACUGGUAAGGUCUGCACAACACUUGUGAACUCCAUCAGGGUUUCAAUGACUCCAAUUGUAACAAAGAUGGGAGGAGAAGAAGUUGAAACAUUGUCUUGACAACUGAACAUUUCAUGAUUAUUUUUUAUUUUGUGACAAAGAUUGCAAGUGAAGAAAUGACAGCUUGGAUCAGAUGAGUAAAGUUCUCUAAACUCAAUAAUACAUUAGCCGAAUGCAGAACAAAAUCAGCCUGAAUAUCUAGCAUAAUAGGUUCAGACAAGCAGCAUAUAAAUCUCUUGUUUGAUCACUGCUCCAAAUGAAUAGACAUAAGAUUUGAGACUGCUGUUAUAAGCUCCUACUGAGUUGCAGUAAGGCACCUCUGUUAGUUGAAGAACCACUUCAGCCAAGCCUUCUAAUUGUGACAGUGUAACAAGUUUCUCUGACUCAUGUCAACAUGUCUUGUAAGUUUGUAUGUUAAAAUGCUUUGUAAAUUGAGCUGCCAAUGUAAAAAGCUCUUGUGAACUGUAUUUUUUUAAUAUUAUACAUCACUACUGUUUCAGUUGUUUUUAUUGUUCUGUACAUAAAAGCACUUUAUUUACAUUUUUUUUUUAAAUAAAGAUAAAUGGAUACAAUUAGUUUCCUAUAUGGUUCAUGAACUCUAUAGUUGUAAUACCACAUGAAAUUAGAGAAUAACCUCAAUUUAGACAGGAUCCAGGACACAAGUUGUGCUUGUCACAUUGCUGCACUUGAUUAUGAAGCAAUACACCAAUCAAACAAAUGUUCAAAAUCUGUCUAUAUCAUAAAGGUUCAGUCAUUGCUAAACGGAUACAAAUACUGUAUUGGUGUAAGAAGUAGUUCCAGACUUGCCUGAUUCUGCUCUUACACUGCCCCUGUGUGGCCACAAUAUUAUCAACAACUUUCAGAAGAUUUAUUGUAAUGUAAAAAGGGAUUUCUGUCAUUACAGUAAGGAAUGUUGGUAUUGGUAUGUUCUUUAAAAGCAGUAUGUGUGAGCCAUUUUUAUCCCCUCUGUUCUUUGAUUAGUAAAAUGUUAACAGUGACUGUGUCUUCUGUCAACACAUUAGUCACAUUAAGGUGGAGCACAGCGUUUCGCUGACGCAUUCCACCAGACUCAAAUAAAAACAUGCAAAGAAGAGCGCGGAAAGUUCCUGUUGAACUUGUUCAGUCUUUUUUUUUUAUGUGAGCCUAAUUCUUGCAUUAUCAUGUAAAACAAAUAAGCUAAUAGUGUAGUUCUGUGUUUUUUUAGUAGUGGUGUUUCUGUCGCAGUAAUAAAAAUAAGUAUGGCUAGGGAUAUCACAUGGUAGGGUGGAGUUAAUUACUGAGUAUGCGUACAGUGUAACAAUGGCAGGCAGGCAAGUAUUCUUGAUAAAGAGUGCAGUCCACACCUGAAAGGAAAAUAGUCUACUUUGGUGUCAUAGGUAGAAUCCUUGCCACAUCCUAGCAAUGAAUAUACAAUUAUUCUCCACCCCUGUGCAAAUACAUCAUAUACUAUUUGAAAAUAUUGAGAUACAUUUCAUUUAAAUAUUUUAUAUGAGUGUUUUAUACAUGUAAAUUGUGUAUUUUGUUUAAACUUUAUUUGUGAUACCUACAUCCACUCAAUAAAAAAUAAUA